GGAGGGAACAGCACACUGCAGGAGCAUAACGUGACGCACAAGGAGCCGGGACACACACAUGGCUAUCAAAUGGAUGACUGUGACAUGCACUUGUGAACUCCGACACAGAGCGAUCUGAGAGCAGGAGUUCAGAUUGAACAGCGCUGAAGAUGUGAUUUUUUUUGUUUUAUUAUUUUCCUGUUUGGCCAAAAUUGUGACAGCUUCUUGUCCCGCUGCUGCACCACUGAAGAGGAUCAUUGAGUCACAAAGACACCAGGAGAAAAGGACACGCGUGAGAAAGCUUACCAUGCACUGACAACAAGGAAUGGAAAGCAUCAACGUGGAAACGGACUGGGAUGGGUUAGCCCUCUCUUCUCUGCUCACCACAGGAAGGAAUGACUUCUCUUCCUCGCCUCUGUUCGUCUCUGAGCUCAACCCCCUCAACAGUUCUCACAGCGGAGGGUCCUUCUUCGGGAUCUUCCCUGAGAAUGGUUCCACCACUACACCUCACACGCUGCCCCAGCCCCGGGACCUGGGCCUGGCCCGGGCAGAGAUCGCCGUGCUGGGGAUCGUGCUGGCUCUCACCACCCUGGGAAACAGCUUUGUGUUAUGGGUGCUGUUGAGGAGAAGGAAGCACAAUGCGCCGAUGCACGUGUUCAUGGUUAACCUGUGUGUGGCUGACCUGGUGGUGGCCCUGUUCCAGGUUCUUCCUCAGCUGAUUUGGGACAUCACUGAGAGGUUUCAGGGGCCCGACUUGCUCUGCCGAUGCAUCAAGUACUUACAGAUAGUGGGCAUGUUUGCUUCAUCCUACAUGAUAGUUGCCAUGACGGUAGACCGGCACCAUGCUAUCUGCUGCCCCUUACAGGCUUACCGUGGGGGGGCAAUGUCCCGCUGGAACACCCCUGUCAUGGUGGCAUGGGGCUUGGCGCUUGUGCUCAGCAUACCACAGGUGUUCAUCUUCUCCCGUUCUGAAGUGUAUCCUGGAGAGUAUGAGUGCUGGGGUCACUUUGCAGAGCCGUGGGGGCUGAAGGCCUACGUCACAUGGAUGACUGUUGCCGUCUUCCUCCUGCCUGCUUUGAUAAUCACCAUCUGUCAGAUAAGAAUCUUCAGAGAGAUUCACAACAACAUCUACCUGAAAUCAGAGAGAAUGGUGACAGCUGAGCUGAAGAAGAAUGAAAUCCUGUUCCGCUUCCACAGCUUCAAGAAGGAUGAGGAACGGGCGAGGGAAAGAGGGAGACGGGCGUCAGGGGGAGGAGUGGGGCGGGAGGGCAGAGGAGGAGGACAGCUUUUAAAGGGUGUAAAUAAUAAUCCUCACAAUAACAGCCAUAACAACCAAGCAGGAGAGUGUUAUGAUUACGUACCCUCUGCCGUUCAGUAUAGCAGCUGUCGUGGUGAACCUGUGACGACAAUGGCAUCACCCACACAGCAGCAAACCACGACCAGUUCAGACUGUCAGGAGUCGUACGCCACCUAUGAGCUGGCGUCAGGCUCACCUCGCUGCUCACUUGACUACGUCCCGCCUCACCCUCCCCCAACCCCGCCCCCCAGCAUCACUAAAGCUAUGUCCAAGACAGUGAGAAUGACUCUGGUCAUCGUGCUGGUCUACACCAUCUGCUGGUCUCCUUUCUUCAUCGUCCAACUUUGGGCAGCAUGGGACCCCAACCCUCCAGUCCAAGGGGUGGCCUUUACUAUCCUGAUGCUGCUGGCCAGUCUGAACUCCUGCACCAACCCAUGGAUCUAUACAGCCUUCUCCAGCAGCGUGUCCAGAGAGCUGCAGAGCCUGCUGCACUGCCGGUCCAGACCCGGCCGCCGGGGCUCUCUGCCCGACGACUCCACCACUACACACACCUCUACCACCAAGGACAGCUUGUACUGACAGAGACUGAUGCGACGCAGAGGGACAUGUUUCUAAAAGACACGCAUGGAUGCACGUGCACAUGCUGCAAGGACGUGCAAAUCCGCAACAACCACCACCUCUGGCGUUGCAUCCUGGGAGCAAAAAUCACUGACCUCUACCAGAUGUUUCCAACAACAAAGGACAGCUGUACUGUCAACAGGACCUCCAUCUCCAUAAUCACCUGUCUCCUCUACACCCUGGAAAGUGAGCAAGGGUGUCAUUGCAGAUGUCAACACAACUUUAUGAGGGCACUAUGGAGUUUACAGUAACUGUCAGAGGAGAGCAUCUGUAAUGCAAAAUGGCCUUGAAAGUUGCAGCAGAGAGGACCCUGUUUGUUUUUCUAAUAUGAGAAAAAGUCUUGCCCCACUCAGACAGAGCAGAGCUGCAGGAAUGCAAGGGGGUGGAUCAGUGCAUUAAUGGCCUUAUGGCACGCCUCAUCUACAAAGCAGCAGACGAAGCUGUGGAUGGGGAGAAAACAAAGCAGCAGACUUGGAGAGCAAGACCGCUGCUGGACUGAGAACAGACAGGGGAUGACAUGGGUGUUACAGCUGUGGGAGCAUCCCUGUUGAAAUCUAAUAAUGUGAAUAAACUUUGUUUAAUCAAAGAAGGUGGAUUAGAGACGGAUGCUCGGGGCUGUAUUUAUAUUUGUUCAGGAGGAAUCCAGAACAAUGGGGAUUUGUUAGGAAGAUUGAUGGAGAUUGGCUCAUGAGGACGGUGCAGGCCGAGUCGAGAGACACUGCCCCAAAGAGGAACUGGAAGAGCAUGGGUUAAUGCAGACAGGAGGAGGGAUUAGGUCUGGAAGAAUACAAAUGAACAAUCCAGGUUUCCUCCACCGACUGGGACACAAUUAUGUGAUUGUAUUCUGUGCAAACACAGCAUACGAGGUACACAAAAGUCUCUUCCUGUCGUGCUGUCCCGAAAGUACAAAACAAGAAUAUCAAGCAGAUGACACAGGAAAAAAACAGAUAGGAAACGCUCAACUUCAUUCCAUGUACAGAGAAGAAGAAUGUAUAUUUAUUACAAAUGUAAGGCACAUUGCUAUAUAGUAUAAACGUGUUGAAUGUAAGUCACACAAUUGUAAUGGUCCAAUAGAUGUAGUUGAACACAUGGAGCUACCAGAGAAACCAAAGAUUUUUAAGGCUUAUUUCAAGUCUUAAUUGUAGAUACUCUAAAGCCUCACAGAUGUGAUGUAUGAAGUGCAGAGAGGGUGAAAGUACUCCUAGUCAAACUAAGUGCCUAUUAUGUCAGAGAACAUUUAUAUUAGGGGCCUCUCUCACUGGAUUAAUGUCUGCAUAAUGUCAGCUGUGUUAUAGUAAGAGAGAGCUACCAUCACAACUGAAAUAAUUGGAUAUGUAAUAUAUAUCACACAACGAGUCCCAAGUUCCUUUACCUUUUUAUUUAUUGUUGUAUGAAUGGAAAUAUACAUAUAUGGGAUGUAUAUAAAUUUAAAUUCCUCUUAUUGCCUUACAUAUAUGUACAGUUUUAUAUAACAUUUUAUUCUGCACAAAAAUAUCUAUUAUGCCCCUUAAAGCUCCUGCGAGGAACUUUCAGACCAUGUCAGUUUUGGCACAGCAUAGCCACCUGACACUUCACCUGUGACAUCAUUUCCAAAAUAAAUCAUGUCACUUAUGGUCUUGUUUGCUUUUUUAGCUCAUAAAUUGGAAUCAGUA